AUGUGUCUCAUAUUCACUUGCGGCGAGCACACCUUCCGGAAGGAGAUUCAGGGCUACGAGGGUAUUACGUGCCAAUGCCACAACUGUGGUAACUGGAGCGGCAAGGUGGUCAAGGAGAACCCGUGGUUCACCUUCUGCUUCGUCCCCGUCCUUCCUCUCUCAAUCCACGGCUACCAAGAGGUUAGCUGCAACGUCUGCAACUUCAAACAACCUCUCGAAAACCGACCCGAUGUUCUGAACAUGAAGGGAGGCGGUGGUCAGGGCAUACCGAUGAAUAACCAAGCAGGCCCCAAUCAGGGCUGGCAAGGGCAAGCACAAGGGCAGGCCCCUCCCCAGGGCCAGCAGCCCAUGCGCUACGGAUAG